AUGUUCAUGAAGGAUAUCAUUUCUAAGAGGCGUGUCACCGACACUAACCCAAUUAUUCUAACCGAAACUUGUAGUGCUAUUUUGCAGGGUAUAAAGAUUCUGAUAAAGAAGAAGGAUCGAGGAGUUAUGACUAUUCCAUGUACUAUUGGAGAUAGGUCGUUCAACAAAGCUCUUAUUAAUCUGGGAGCUAGUGUGAGUCUCAUGCCGUUAUAUAUUUACAAGAAGCUUGGUAUAGGGGUUGUGCAAGAUACUAGAGUGACACUCCAAUUCAUCGAUCAUUUAGUCAAGAAACCAUAUGGCAUUGUUGAAGGUAUUCUGGUGAAAAUUGAUAAGUUUGUAUUUCCGAUGGAUUUUGUAAUUCUUGAAAUGCCAGAAGAUGAAGAGAUCCCUCUCAUUCUGGCGAGACUCUUUUUGGAGACGGGACUAUGCUUGAUAAAUAUAGAAGAAGGAACAAUGACAAUGAAGGUUUAUGAUGAGGAAUUGAAAAUCGAUGUGAAAUUCUGGUAUCAGAUAUAA